GACCUUGGCUCCAUCUCCACCACUGUCCCCAAAUCCAUGGCCAAUUCCCUGAGGAACACCAGGUCCAUUUCCUACUCGGGAUGUGCUGCCCAGGUCUUCCUAGUUUUCUUCUUGUUUUCAGCAGAGUAUUCUCUCCUCACUGUCAUGGCCUAUGAUCGCUAUGUUGCCAUCUGCAAUCCCCUGCACUAUGGCACAAUCAUGGACAGCAGAGCUUGUGUCAGAAUGGCAGCAGCUGCCUGGGCCAGUGGGUUUCUCAAUGCUCUCCUGCACACUGGAAAUGCUUUUUCACUACCGCUCUGCCAAGGCAACACAGUGGACCAGUUCUUCUGUGAAAUUUCCCAGAUCCUCAAGCUCUCCUGCGCAGACUCCUACCUCAGGGAAGUUGAGCUUCUUGGGAUUAUUAGCUGUUUAAUCUUAGGGUGUUUCAUUUUCAUUGUGCUGUCCUACGUGCAGAUCUUCAGGGCUGUGCUGAGGAUCCCCUCCGAGCAGGGCCGACACAAAGCCUUUCCCAUGUGCCUCCCUCACCUGGCCGUGGUCUCCCUGUUUCUCAGCACUAUCAUGUUUGCCUACCUGAAGCCACCUUCUAUCUCCUCCCCAGUUCUGGAUCUGGUGCUGGCUGUUCUGUACGCAGUGGUGCCUCCAACACCAGAGAUUCUGGGUGGGAGGUUUUCAGAUGCAGUGAUACUGGUCAAAUAG